AUGACCCAUGUCAUUUCAAGAAGGGGAAAACUUCAGGUUUUGGACCUGAGGAAUGUACACCAUGCCUUCUGGAACAUAUGGGCUGGUGCAGAGGAGAGUGAAGAAGGCUCAUCUUCAGAGCCCUUGGAUGAGAAGCCAGUAGUGAAGGUCCUUUCCAGAUAUGCACUGAGGAGGAAGCUGAAGGUGUUAGCUGACCUGUGCCUCAGGCCUCAACCUGAUGAAGUACGAGCAUACUUCUUGAAGUGGGCCCAGCAGAGAAAGGGCUCCCUACAUUUGUGCUGUACAACAAUGAAGAUCUGGGCUAUGCCCAUGGAGUUUACCAGAGAGAUCUUGAAUGUCUUUCAUCCAGAGCACAUCGAGGAAUUGGAAUUAAAUACUGAGUGGAAUAUGUUCAAACUGGCCCUUUUUGCUCCCUGCUUUGGGCAGAUGAGAAAUCUUCGCAAACUUCUCCUGGCACCCCUCUACAAC